AUGAUACCCCUAAGGCGUUUGUUUUGCAGAAGUUUUUCCCUAAGGUCACUUGUUCUGAAAGGAAGUAAUUAUGUGUCGGAUAUACCUGAAAAUGCGCCUACUUUGCAGGAAAAUGCGGCAUGGCUUAAUAGACUGGCUGUUAGAGAUGGACAUGGCAAAAUUUUAAAGAUAGAUGACGACAACGACGGAAAAAUCGAGGAAGAUACUUAUGAAAUCAAACAGAAAUCAGGCAUUGAUAAUCCUGAUACCAAUGAUCACUUUAUUUCAUUCAAAUCCAAGAAGACUAAACGUACCUAUAACGUUGUUGAACAGCCAAGUAAUCCCGAUGGUUAUCAUAUACUUUCUGUUCCCACGUCCGCUUAUGACAUUGCGUCAUCUCCAUAUUCAACUUUAUCCUCUAGGUGGCGUCCAAAGUCUGAUAGUGUGCAAUCAUUCUCUGAUCUUAAAGUGGUGAAAUUGCGAUCGGGCAGAGGAGGUAGUGGUAUGGUUUCGUUUUGUCGAGAUGCUGGUGUUGCUGUGGGGCCUCCUGAUGGAGGCGAUGGAGGCGAUGGAGGCGAUGUUUACAUUAUGGCAGUGAAAGGUUUGAAUUCAUUGCACGGAGUCAAGACCAGAUAUAUAGCCAAGGGUGGAUUAAAUGGAAGUGCGGGUCAGCUUGAUGGCAAGAAGGGUGAGGGUAUGGUAAUUACCGUUCCUGUUGGCACCACUAUACGAUGGUGUCCAAAGCCCGUAGAAAUAAGAUCCUUACAAAAAGACCCUGAUCACCUGAAUAAGGUGUUCCAUAUCAAGACAGUGGGACAGUUUUAUGAUGACAGGAUUCCUAUAGAUAUCCAGUUUUUCAGGCAUUCCUACGCUAUAGGUAAAGGAUGGGUCUUUAAGGACAAGGACGAGGAAUAUCAUUUGCAGAAGGAGUAUUUUCUUAAACUCAGAGACAGUGUGAGACUGUUUGAUAAACAAUCCAGAUACGAUGAAAUACAGCGUGAUAGAUUUCCCGUAGAUGGCAUAGAUUUAUCUGAACCCAGUACAGAGCCGAUACUUUUGCUUAGGGGAGGACGUGGUGGUCUGGGAAAUAUGCAUUUUCUUACUCCAGAUAUCCGUAACCCUAGAUUUGCUAAAUUGGGUCGUGAUGGUCUCGAGGAGAAUUUUAUCUUUGAGCUCAAGCUUCUUGCCGAUCUUGGCUUAGUGGGGCUUCCUAAUGCUGGAAAGUCUACAUUGCUAAGGGCCAUAUCACGAGCAAGGCCUAAGGUUGGCCAUUGGAAAUUUACCACUUUACAGCCCACCAUAGGAACGAUAUUCUUAAGGAUCGAUCAGCCCCCUUUCACGGUCGCUGAUAUUCCGGGUAUUGUCGAGGGAGCUAAGGAAAAUAAAGGCAUGGGGCUCAGCUUCUUACGACAUAUUGAGCGUUCCGGAGGGAUAAUAUUCGUUGUAUCGCUUGGUAAUAAGGACCCUGUGAAAGACCUUCAGAUUUUGGAGGAGGAAUUAGGUCAAGAUAGACUUGAUGGUAAAAAUAAGCUUAUUGUUGCUACUAAAGCAGACUUGGAUGGAACCAAAGAACAAUUUGGCUUACUGAAGGACUAUUGCUCUCAGAAAGGAUGGAAAUGUGUACCAUGCUCUCCUAAAACAGGAGGCAACGUUGAAACAGUUAUCCAACUUAUGGCUGAAUGUUCUGGAAAGAUGAAUGACUGA